AUGAACUUUAAACUUAGUAAUGCUGACAAGAAAUAUUUUGAAAAAGUUGUGGGAGCAUUCCAAAAUCACUGCAAACUGUUGGUGACUGAAACAUACGACAGGUACAAGUUUUUCACCAGCGUGCAACAGGAGAGUGAAAGCUUCGAUCGCUACAUCACGGAAAUAAAAACUCUCGCUUCACCAUGCAAUUUUGGGGAGCUGGAAGAUUCACUAUUUCGUGACAAGAUAGUAAGUGACAUUAGGGACUUGUGUCUGAAGGAGAGGCAGCUAAGGCCAUCAAAUCUGUCUUUGAAAGUAGUAGAAGAACAUUGCAGGGCUUCAGAGAUUAGCUCCAUGCAAGUGAAGGGGAUCAGAAAUGCUAAGGAAGUAGACUCCGUCAGGUUUAAAAAAAAGAGGGGUCAGUGUACUAAUAAUGAAAGCAGUGAAGUAUAUACAUGCUUAAAUUGUGGUAUGUCACAUGGUAGAAUGAGUUGUCCAGCUUUUGGUAAAAUAUGUAACAAUUGUGGUAAGCGUUGGCUGUAA